UCAGAGUGUCGGCGUCUGCAGGAGCUUACAGGGCAAGAGUUCACCGGUCUGUCGCUAACUCGGGGACUUUCUCUCAGUUUGGUGAUAGCUGACCAAGUUUAGAGGCAAAAAGCAAACACAUGAGAGGUCUACGAAGGAGUCGCUGUCCGCAAAAUAACUUCAUGGAGAGAAGUUUAGCCCGGGAAGUAGCCUGCACUGGAUACGUUCAGCCCGGGGUGAAAGACGGUGAUUUUAUUGGCUUUACGGACAGCAACGACGAUGCCCAUUUAAAACGGGGGAAGUUUUCUGGGGGUGUUUGAGAGAGAGAGAGAGAGAGAGAGAGAGAGAGAGAGAGAGAGAGAGAGAGAGAGAGAGAGAGAGAGAGGCCAGAGACAUGAUGUCCAUUGGAGCUGAUAGCUGACACUGUAGAAUGAGAGAGGAUGGAACAGACUGACAACCCUGCCCUUGUGAGCACCAACCCUAAUGGGUUUGUCAACCGAGUGUUUAAUGUUUCUCUGGAUGUGGAGAAUGAGACCAGCAGUGUUUAUAUUCAGGAGGCUGGACCAGGGCCUGCAGAGGGGGAAGGAGAGACCCAGGCUGCCUCUUCUCAGACCCCUGUCAAAGACAGACAGGAGGUCAUCCGGAGGCCUCGUGUCACAGGGGGUAUCUGGAAGAUCUUGAAUCGAAAGAGAGCUGUCUCAGAGCUGGAGCGCAGACCCCACUCCAUGAUCCUGCCCGGGGAGGCUUCCAUCCCUAAACUCUCAUUUGCUGACAAAGUUCGCUCCUUCAAAAAGCUUAAGCCCCCCUCUGUGUUUAGAGGUAAGACAGGUAAAUUGUCUACUUCCAAGUUUAGCAACUCCUUGGUGGAUGACGAAUCCUUCUGCCGGGACAUUGGCACUCCUCAGCAGUCCAGCAGAAGCACACUCAGACAACGUGGCAAGAGGCAUUCCUAUGCUGGCUACACAGGAGACUUUGACUGCUCGUUCGAAGACAUCGACCUCACAGCUCCUAUAGACGGCCACCAGCCCACUGUAACGGGAGAGCCUGUGGCUCAGAAUGGCUGUAAACCAUCAGAAAGAGUUUGCUAUACUAAAAGAAGCCACAACAACUCAACCAACUGUAACAAAACAGCUGCAGGCUGUGAAGAGCCUAGCAUUAAAGGUAGCCCGAGCACCCACCAGGCUAGGGGAAGGAGGCACAAAGAUGUGUGGAGUUACCUGAGGAGGAUUUCCCUUUUGGGGAAGGCCAACCCUGUCUACUCAGAGAGGAGCUUUGACUCAGAGCUUCCCUCUUGGGACAAGACCAUGGACUCAGACUAUGGUUCUGUAGACUUUGACAGUGUCAGAGACUUUCAACCACCGCCCCCGAAACACUCUGACCCAAAGGGGCACUUUGGUAGUCUGUUCAAGUUUUUCAACAGUGUAGCAGAAACGGCCAGGAAAUGGCGGACAACAUCGCACUCCUUCUCUCCUCCGGAGGGCGAGAGGACACCGAUGAGCUCCCCACAGGUGACCAAGCCCACAGUGGACAACAUUCACAGUGUGUCCCUGACACUUCACAGUGAAGAACACCAACAAUCCCAGCCUAUUCCAUCAUCACCAGUAACCACUAAAUCCUCACACUCCAGUAGCUUUGAUAGCGAGGCUCCAGCACCUGUGACAGGUGGACGAUCCCCUCAGGUGGUCCUGAAAGCCUUUAGGCCAUGCCCAGGAUCUCAAGCUGUCAAUGGCCUUCAGAGUUAUGAGGGCACAGACAAACAUGUAGACAGAGAGGCAAACCACAGGUCCACAGCCAUAGUGGAGAAUCACAUCUCCCAGUCAGGGCCAACCACGGGGACUAAAACAGAAUCAGAGUUUGAAAGGGAUCCAUUAAACUGUCUCUGUCAAGAGGAAAAGGUAGAGGGACAGACAGGAAAUGAGCAGGAUUCCAGGGAUGCUCCACCUGACUCCCACCACAUACAGGAAGUGAAUGUCCAAUCACAACAAGGUGAUAAAGAAAGCACAACCAAUAGGGUACCAGCAUCAGAUUCCACAGAGGAAAUAUUUAAGCUGUGUGAGCAGAUUGCCAGCCAGACAGGCUGCGGUGGAAGGCAGCUGUGCCCAGCCAUGCCCCACUCAAGCACAGAGAAGACCUCUGUACCUCACAAGCCCCUGCGCCACCCUCGUCCUCGCCCGGCCUCAGCUGUAUUGGACCUGCGGAGGCCCAACCUAGACCGAGAUCUCUACGACCAUUAUAGUGAGGUUGGCUCACUAUGCCGGCGGAGACGCAGGCCUGCGCCCACCAUGCAACACUCUCCAGGGCAAAGACGGAUGGCUGCUCGCUCCAGGCCUUGCUCUGUUAUAGAGACCAGUGUUACUAGGGAGAUGCAGUCCACGGAGCUGCACCACAGAGCCUUGUCUCGCCCUCCGGGUGUGUCACCGUUAGAGCCCCCGCUAAGGGCAUCUCUCCAGCGGUGUCGCUCCCUGCCGCUCCCCCCCAGCACUCUCACUGCCUUGGCGCUGCUCCUGCCUCAGUCAGUCAUGGGUCAGUCGUCAUCGUCGGUGCGUCUGCGGUCUGGAGGCUCCGGUAGCUGCAGGAGGAGGAGGCUGUUAAGACCUGGUUCAGAACCGCUGCAGGUCAACAUUUUGAUAAGUGGAGGUUCAAUCGUCAACGCUGAGGCGGUAUGGGACCAUGUGACCAUGGCGGACCGGGAGUUGGCGUUUAAGGCCGGUGACGUCAUCAAGGUGCUGGACGCCUCCAACAAGGACUGGUGGUGGGGCCAGAUUGAUGAGGAGGAAGGAUGGUUUCCUGCCAGCUUUGUACGGCUGUGGGUGAACCAGGAGGAUGGGGGAGCGGAGCCAGCCGAGGGGACCAGCGAGGUGCAGAACGGGCACCUGGACCCGACCAAUGACUGCCUGUGUCUGGGCUCGCCCCUCCAGAACCGAGACCAGAUGAGAGCCAACGUCAUCAAUGAGAUCAUGAGCACAGAGAGACACUACAUCAAACACCUCAAGGACAUCUGUGAGGGCUACCUGCGCCAGUGCAGGAAGCGUGUGGACAUGUUCAACGAUGACCAGCUGAAAGUCAUCUUUGGGAACAUCGAGGACAUCUACCGCUUCCAAAUGGGCUUUGUUAGAGACUUGGAGAAACAGUACAACACAGAGGACCCCCAUCUCUCUGAAAUCGGACCAUGCUUUCUCGAACAUCAAGAUGGUUUUUGGAUAUAUUCAGAAUACUGUAACAACCACUUGGAUGCCUGUAUGGAGCUGAGCAAACUGAUGAGGGAUGGCAGGUACCAGCACUUCUUCGAGGCCUGUCGCCUCCUCCAGCAAAUGAUUGACAUUGCCAUAGACGGUUUCCUGCUCACCCCUGUCCAGAAAAUCUGCAAAUAUCCACUCCAGUUGGCUGAGCUUCUCAAAUACACUGCGCAGGAGCACAGUGAUUAUCGAUACGUGGCAGCAGCACUGGCAGUAAUGAGGAACGUCACUCAGCAGAUCAACGAGAGGAAGAGGAGACUGGAGAACAUCGACAAGAUUGCCCAGUGGCAAGCUUCUGUUCUGGACUGGGAGGGGGACGAUAUCUUGGACAGGAGCUCAGAGCUCAUCUACACUGGGGAGUUGUCAUGGAUCUAUCAGCCGUAUGGACGUAGCCAGCAGCGAGUCUUCUUCCUCUUUGAUCACCAGCUGGUCCUCUGUAAGAAGGAUCUGAUACGCCGGGACAUCCUGUACUAUAAGGGCCGCAUCGACAUGGAUCGCUACGACGUGCGGGACGCCAUAGACGGCCGUGACGACGACUUCAACGUCAGCGUGAAGAACGCCUUCAAAUUGUGCAACAAAGACAGCGAGGAGCUCCACAUCUUUCUGGCCAAGAAGCCAGAGGAGAAGAUCCGCUGGCUCAGGGCCUUCCACGAGGAGAGGAAGAUGGUGCAGGAGGAUGAGAAAAUCGGUUUUGAGAUCUCUGAGUACCAGAAGCGGCAGGCGGCCAUGACAGUGAGAAAGGUGACCAAACAGAAAGGUGUAAACAGGUGCACGCCCCCCUCAUACCCGCCCCCCCAGGACCCCCUCAGUGCGGGGCAGUAUGAGGUAACGGAGGACAUGGCACAAGGAGAGGUUUUUGAAUUCAGUCAAUCCAAAAGAGGCCAGGCUCCUUUCUGGCAGAAUUUUAGUAGAUUAGCUCCAUUUAAGAAAUAGAGAUACACAGACUCUUCUGAAGGACCAGCUAUUUUUCUUAGAAGCACCAAACACUGGAUGAUCAUGUCCCAUGAUGAAGAAAAAUACGAAAAACAAACACACACACACACACACACACACACACACACACACACACACACACACAAGGGACUUUUGAAAAUUAACCAUUGUUAAUAUAGAGGUUGAUGGGAAGCAGCAAGAGGACUGAAGACUUGGAUUUAAAACAUUGAGGACAAAUUACAACUUUACAAUUCAUAUAUGUCAGUAACGUUCUUAGUUAUCAUGCUUCUCCAGCCGAGUCAACAGUCAUGAACUCUUUCCCUUGGAUUCUGCAUCUUCACGCCACCUGAAUGUCCUGCAGUUCUUUAGAUUGUUAUAUUAAUUCAUUUUGAAUCCAUCAUCUGGAGAGAAACACAUGGCUAAACCAGAGCAUUGCUAGUCGUAUGAUUGUGUCCAACAAAGCUGAGAUCUUGCUGUGCUGCUGUGUGAGAUUGAAUAAUGACGGGCCUCAGCUACCGGCUGUGGCGUGUGAAGGGCCUGUGAAGCUCGAGUGUCGGCGUGGUCUCCGAGUUCGAUCCAUUCUGACCCAGCCGGGCCACCUCUAGCGCUACUGAUGUCUGCGUCUGGAUCUCCUCCUCACUCCCAACGCUCCGUGUUGCUCUCGCUAGCUGUUCGCAUUACAGUAGCCCUCUCUUCUUCACCGACGCUCACAGUGUUUCCCUCACUCGCUGCAUCCCUCUCGUGUCCUCUCUAUCUCCCUUCCCACCUGCUCAGCCUCGGUGAGUCAGUGGCUCUCAGAGGAACAGCUUCAUUCUCUUGGAAAGCUGCCAUUGGCCAUGAUAUGACGGGUCAGGGAACAAAUCAAUAGUCGGAACAUCAAUAGAAUAUUUACAUCCUUUCACCAACCACUUUUGACAGGGUAUUCAUAACCGAUCACACCGAGGGGCUGUGGGGUUUACGUUUGGCGCGAGAGAGCUUGCCGCUCAGAUGAAACAGCUGGGAGCAGGAGAUAGGCAGGCUACGGUCCACCUGCCUUGUGUCAGAGCCCCUCCCCCACUCUCCCCAGAGACCACCCCUGUAGCACUGUGCUGGCAGCUCACUGGGCGUUUGGAAAGAGAACAGCCUACCUCCAAGGAAAUCCACUGAGAGUUGAAGCGGUUUAAAAUAAGAUCUUUUUUUCACGUCAGCUGUCAGAAGAAAGGCUCCUUCAGUUAGCUUAAGUAUUUUGUAUUGCUCACAUUGUGUAAAAAAAAAAAAAAGAAAAAAAAGCACAGCACAUAUUCAGUCUAAGGAGUACUUUCCUUUGGGUAGGAGUGACGCAAACGUUUGCCACAGUGUGAGAAAUUAGAACGAACCCUUAACCAGCAGAAGAAGAAAUGGUUGCAAAAAAAAUGGCAGAAAUUCUAAAGGGACAGGACAACCAUAGCAGUCGGUUGUGAGUCUGAAAGAACGUACGCUGCAGAAGUGUGAGCCGAUACCACAGAGAGGCAGAGAGGUGAAUUGAAUCUGUAGCAUGCAGGUGUCCUCUGACAGAUCCACGCGUCUCUAAAGGCCGCGCUCCUCUGCGUUGUUUUCCCAGAUCUGAUCCGUGUUCUGGCAGUUAGCUCGGCACUGUUAAGUGAUUUACAGAGAGCUGGUGCCUGAUCAGAUUGAUUUGUUUAAUCAACUGAAGCUGCUGUGGGCAAUCCUGCCACAUGAUACUACAACAGAGGUGUUAGGAAAGAUAAGAUCUACCGAGGAAAAAACUACCGAUUUACAUACAUUAUGAAGGUGUAUUCUUUUCUACAGUUGGAAUGUAAGUGACACAUGAGUCCUACACGGUCCUUUUCUGUAUGCUUUGUGACCUCAGAUACAGAAGUACAUUUUGUGUUGAAUUAUAUCACCUGAUGGACAGUACAUAUACAGUAUGACAACUUGUGCAAUGUGAUAAAUCAUUAUAUAUCUUCGCUCUUCACUACGACGUGAUAUGAAAGAUUUAUAUAUCGUUCUAUGUCAUUUGUUUGCCUUCUUAUAGGCCUUAUAACCUAUUGGGGAGAGAAAAAAAAAGACCUUAGAAUUGCUUUGUAUGUUGUGUAAUUUAUGUUUUGUUUCAGUAAAGAAAGUUGAGAAAUGGCUGAGUUGGCUGCUGGUGUCUGUAGAGAUGGCUCCCAGUGAGAUUGUUUUGGAAGAUAAUUCCCUGGUCUGGCGCUGCAAAAAGAUAUGGUUCUCAGGCCAUGAUAACCUCAGGUCCCAUGCUACGCCCCCCCGCCCCCCUCUCUUGCCCCCAUUCCUCUACUCUACGCCACCACCAACAUACAGACAUAAGCAUGCAGGCAAACACACAUACACUCCACACACACACACACAAACACGCACACACACGCAUAAUCAUGCGCACUUGCUGGCCCGUUCUGCUGCGGAGAAGAGAGAUGCUAUCUUAACAGUGCCUUCCAGCAUUCCACUAGUGAUUAUCUAUUCAGUUUCACAGGCAGAUUUGAAUUAGUCAUGUAUUUUCCCUUCAGUGUGGGACUUGCAUCUCUCUCUCUCUCUCUCUUUCUCUCUCUCUCUCUCUCUCUCUCUCUCUUGUUCUCUCAAGCACACUGGGAAUUCCUCGUUCCCCAGUGCAUGAGAUCCACUUGGACAGAAACUUAGAGGCCAGGCCUUUUCCAUAUGAGUAGAUACUGUGCUGUCUGACUGAAAUACACCUUAUUAUAUUAUAUCACACGUACAUAGCCGUAAUUUUAUUGCACAAAAAGAAGUUAAUUCUAAUUUCAGACGUUUAGAAACUGCAUAGAAUUCCUUUAUUGUUAUCUAUUUAACAUGCUGAAAGGUGGUCUCAUUUGAAUUUAUAGUAGGAAACAGAUUUCCAUUAGUCAAGUUCUAGGUUUCACUUUUCAAAGUAUAUUAUUAUCAGUGAGUUAUGAAUCAAAAUCUAUCAUCUAUUUUAUCUUUAUCAGCUACACUGUAAAUAAUGUAAAAAGAACAGAUCAUAUAUUUGGAUAUUGGUAUUUUGCGUUGGAGACGAAUGUUGUUCCAGUUCUAGCGUGCGGUAGACCUCAGUACCAGGUAAAUGCAUGCUCGUGGCAUCCAAUAUUUUGCAUGAGACUUUAGACAACUCUUAACAGAUUGUUUAGUUUCAUUUAACUUCCAAUGGGAUUUUUUCACACCGCGGAACCAUUCAUUUGUGAACCCAUGCCAUCUCACUGCCGGGAGUUCUUUUCUCUGUCCACCUGUCUCCUGCUCACGACAUAUUACAGCUUGUAGCUUCUGUUUUUAUUUAUUAAGUAGAGGGGAACAUCUUUCAUCAUGCUGAAUCAAAGACUGAACUGUUGAUAGGUGAAAUGAAAGGCACGAAUGCUCUCUUUGCCCAGAUAUAUUGGGUACUAUAAACUAUAAACUUGCUCUAAAUCUUUUUUACUUUCUUUUCUUUUCUUUUGACUCCAACCUGCACUGUCACGAUCCAAACUGCUGUUUUUUAUUUUAUUUUUUUUUAAUGCCAUUAACUGCUGAGGCAAAACGGGUAUCAUUUUCUAUGACAACAGUGAACCAAAUAGGAGUUAGCACUGAUCAUGGGUGUUUGUGUAUACAUUUGUAGUCAAGCAGAAGAGCUGAAUAAAUGCGAAACCUCUCGGGAUGAGCUAAAAAUAAACAUAAUCCUGAAGAUGCACACACACACACACACACACACACACACACACAGCAUUGCAAUUCAUUUAGUGCUCUUGUUUCUGAUUAAGACAUGAUUCUUUGAAGUACAAUGACAUGACAGUACAAAUUCCACACUUGUAUUUAUUGAAUGCAGUAUUAAAUAGUACCAGUUUGGCCACAUUGUUAAAAAGUAUGUAUAUAUUGGUUUUAUUUUUCUGAUAUAAUUAUAAUUCUGCCCUUGUACUGAGAGCUGAGAGGACAGCCUUCUGUGUGGAAUUUUUUUUUUUUUUUUUUUUUUAUAUUUCAUAAAACCAAGACAGCCAAUUUAGCAGACUGUCAAUUGGAUGCAUCAGAAUUAUGUAAUUCCUUUGAGUCCAGGGCGUACGUGAGUCGCUAACCGCGUUCACUCACAUUUAGCAUAGCGACUAUCUUCAGUAGGAACUCCUUGCAGUUGGUUAUGCAGUCCUGUGUUGUUUCAAAAUAGUCCGGGUACAACAGAGUCUUCACUGAGCCAUAUAUUGAUGUGGUGUCCUAUGACAACAAGGGUAACAGAAGACUGACAUCCCACUUUUGGAAUCUAUCCAUUGUAUUAUACCAUCUAGUUUGAGGUCUGGAUUUUUGCCUAUCACAGAAAAUUGAAUUCACAGUAUCCAUAUCCUAUGUCACCAUAUGCAAACAUUUGUCAUUUUCUUUCUUGCUGACCUUUGAGUUUGAUUAUUUGUUGUAGAAAUGAAAAACCUGAAAAAUAAUGCCUAUUCAAUCCAGAAACUGUGAAUGGAAGAGUGGAGAUGUCAACUGUAUGUACAUUAUAUGUUUUGAUGUAAUCAGAAGCACUGGGAAUAUGUUGUACUUCGCUGUAAAAAUAAAUCCAUAUCUGAUAUAGCUGUACUUUUGUUGAAAAUAAAACCUCUACAGAACUACGUUUCCAGGCGUAAAUGUGUGAGAGAGAGCAUUGUGCUGAGCUUCCUGUUGUAUGACAUAAUUUCCUGUUUGUAUAGGUCCCCAUUCCCAAAAGCUGACACGUUAACUCCUGGAUGUACGUAUUACAGAAGAAAGAUUUAAAGGCAGUAGAUCACAACAUCAUCAGGAAGGUGUUACGUCACAAAAGAAAAUUUUUAACU